AUGGUUGGAAACCACCUUGGAAAUGCACUCGUCGCCCUACAGGGCAGCAUGCAAGAGUUUCGCGACGCGGGGGUGGACAACAAACGAGAUCUGCUGAGCUACCUUGACGAAGAGGGAUAUUUGGACACGCGACACCAGCCCAAUCAUGCCCUUGCUAUUCUGCAUGUGGCCGAGAACUUUGAGCUGCGAGACUUGUACAUUGACGCGUUUGCGCACUGCGUCGGGAUGAGCGAGCAACUUUACAGAAGCCCAGAGUAUUCGCGCAUCAGUGUCGUAUCGCGGAAGCUUAUCCGGCUGGCCAGAGUAGAUCUGGACAAUCGGCUCAGCCGCGCCGGUGCAAUGUUGGGUGAUCUUCUCGAAACGGAACUUUCUGAAGCCCACCUCGGUUUGUCAACUGGCGCCCGUGCCCAUCUUGACCGAUUCAGGAACUACAUUCAAGGCUUUUACACGACCAAGUUCGGGUAUUUCCCGCCUCCGCCUGCCCAAGGAGGGCACAGUACUGUGUUCAAACCUGAGCUUUAUAACACUCUGAAGGCGGACUUUGAAGCGCUCUACGAAUACCUUGUCGAUGAAAGGUUCACGACGGCUGGCAACAGCCCCUUUGAGGCGCAAGGGGGGCUAUGUACGCUUCAAAGUGUGCAGGCCUUUGACUCGAGAAACAAGUUCUCGCCUCUGGAACACCCACUACCGCUUCUGCCAGAGACACCCAGGAGCAAGGAGUCUCGAAGAAUGUCAAUGCCUUGGCAACUUGUCGCCGCAGCAAGGGCUGGCGACGGCAAGCUGCGCCCCGACCAGCGACUCGUUGUACACGCUGCACUCAUGAAAGCGACCAAUCACACCAAAGUGCACCUUAUGGAGAACAGACUGGUCCUGGCGUACCGCCAAUUCGAAGAGAGUUCGGUUCUCACAUCGCAUAAAGCCAACCGGUCCGUCUCCCAGGUUGAUGCCCGCAAGGAGGACCUUGACGUGCUGCCAGACAUAAAGGAGGCAUCCAAACCGACGCCUUCCCUGAAGGUCGUCACGACACCCUCCACAACCACAUGCCGAUCCGCUUCUACAAGUUCGACAAGCAGCUAUGUGUCAGCGCUAUCGUCAGCCUCGACGAGCCAUACCAACAGCAGUGCUUCCACGACUCCCACCACCAUGGAUGGGAGCCCAAGUUCUACACGAUUCUCUAGACAAAAAUGGGACACCACGCUCCCAGAUAUUGCCGGGUCGCCUGAAGCUCCCGCCACUGUCCCUGCAGACAUCAGCACGCAGCAGCGGCAGCAGCCAUCACCACCACAGUACGACAGCCUGACCUUCCCCAUCCGCCGCCACCGCACCCGCAAGUCAAUCCGCGCGAUGCACUCGAGCGACGACAUGCUCGCGUCCACACCCAAGGCCGAGCCCCCACCGCCACUGCCCCGGCGCAGCAGUAAGCGCUUCAGGAAGCCGUCUGGGGGCCCGUCGAAGCGCUGGAGCCUGGCCGAAGUGGUUUCGUCGCUGCGCGAGAGGAGCUCCGCGGCCGACAGCGACGCCGAGGACUCGGACGACGCGUGGGGGCUCGCGCCGUCGCCGCUGCGGAUCACCAAGACGAUCAGGCGGCCGGGCACGUCCUCCUCCCGCCAAGCCGUUGCCGCGGCAACCAAGAACGGCGGCGGCGGAGGCGACGGUGAGGACGGUGAUGCUGUCUUUGCUGAGCAGCGCCGGGACUCGAGCGACGAGUGGGAGAAGUCGGUGGUGCAUAGCCCCGUGGACGGGGAUGUCAGCCCGCCUUGGGCCUGGGAGCAGUUUGCUGAUUUGGGUGGGCUGCAGGAUGUUUCGGGGCUGAAGUAA